UUUACGUUUCCUAACUAACACCGACCCCUACCGCCCUCCAGGAGUCGGCAAGAACGAAAAUCGAUGUAGUUCCUGGAGUGUGCCCAAGUGCACACACUCAUUACACCAUGUUAUUGACUCGGCGCACCUCAUUGUAUUCCUUUUGUCUCCCCCAGUGCUUCUAACUCGAUGGUACACCCGCUCUCUCGUCGAAAGAAUCCUGUGCGCGCGUCGGUUCGCAUCACAUUGGAGGAACCAUUGUCACACAACUCUGUGGCCUACGAGAUUCGAAACUCUGCCAAUCCUGCGUGGAUCUAUAGACCGGAUGGAGAAGCUGCUCGACGUCCCUUCAGCAAGACACAGGUAUUGGCAGUGUAGUGGUGAUGGAUGCUCGAGAGCGGGUUGAGUCCCAAAUACGUCGGCCAAGCAUAAAACGUCCUUGGGAUGAAGACCCAGUACCUCCAGAGAACGUUGGUAUCUGGCCUGGCCGCGGACUGUCUCUGCCACCAAUUGACAUUGCAUCAUACCGCAGACCUUCUCUGACCCUGACCGCAGAAGAUGAAGGCAACGCACGAACUCGGUACGGCUCGGAGAUGAGAGAGAGUGGCGGCAGUGCGAAGAAGCCAAGAUACGAACAGCAUGAUUACAAUUCACUCUCAAGGGAAAAUCUGGAUUUAAACGGUAGGAUCCUUCAGACGCAAGCUUCUGGCCGUAAGACCUGCAAAUCAAUGUAUACUACACCCAGAAGCUCUCAGGAAUUGCCUAGCUUCCCGCCUCAGCAGCAUGCUGAGAGGUGGGGGAGGCACAUUGGGGACCUAGGGGAAGCUGCGGGUGCUCGAGAGAGUUCCAGUCUAUGCCAACGCUGCAGGAGGCUUACCACACCCCUUCAAGAACAAGACUUUGUCGAGUCUUGUGAGGUUUGUUGCUCCGAAGAGGUGAAAUUGAUAACCCUGGCUGCUGCAAAGUCGCUGAGUCAGCUCCAACUAAAACUUCUCCGGAAGGGAAAUUUUGGUCUCCGUGACUCGGCGCAACGAGAUCUCAUUUCAGCCGACUGCCCUCCAAUAGAACAGUUUGGACUGAAACAUACUCUCAACUGGCUCCUGGGAGCAAUAUACCAGAUCAACGAUCUUGCCGAUCAGUUUGUGCAGCAUGUUGCAUCAGACAUUUCGCAGAGCCACGAUAGAGAUAUCAUUAAGUCUGGGACCGGAACUCAGGAUGUUCUUGUCGAUAUCAUGAAACGCCAUAUCGAAGCCGAGUCGGACAAUCCGUCCAGAUCUGUCAACGAUGCAAUUGAUCCUGUAUCCGAUGCACGACUUCACGCAAGGCGAAAAUCCGUUGCGUCGAAUUUGACAAACAAUGAAGAUUUCUCUUCCGUGCGAUCCCCGCAUGAUUAUCAUGGAGGACACUCAAGUCUAGACGCACAGAGCCAGAGAGCUUCGAUUAUGAAUCCUCCACCUGCGCCCAAUAGACAGCUACCUUCACCACCGGGACGAUCACUCCCUUCUCCGACGUCAAUCAAUUUUCCAUCUCCUUCGGCUGGCUCUUAUGGUAGCUCGUCCAACCCAAUGAGCCUCCCACCACCUUCAGGUCUUCACCAAUCGUCUCUCAAUGCAUAUCUACCUCCCAUCGGGUCCACUCACUCGCCUGACGCCCUUCAAGCACAUUCAGCAGCUCUUCAGCAUGAAGUUUCCGUGCAAAAGAUUGCCCUUGCUUCACUCCAAGGAGAGCAUAACAAGCUUCUAGCAGCCUUCUCGCGGUCCCAAACACGAGCAAGUGCAUUGGAGAAAAAGCAUCAAGUGUCUGAUACCGAGAUCAUCAGUUUAACAGAAGAGAAAUUAAGACUACAAUCUCAAGUCACGGAUUUAGAAAAGGACGUGGAGCAGUUAGCACGGAGUCGCGACGAAUAUAGGCAAUCAGCAGUUCAAGAGGGGGCUCAAUAUGUCGAAAUGAUCAAGAAGGCCAGCCGACUGGAGGAAAUGGCUGAUGAGGAAAGGAAAGCUUGGGCUGUAUUGAAAGCAGAGAUGGAGCAAAGGAUCGAGUCUCUGACCACUCGGAACGAUCAGGGAAACUCUACUACACUUGCCAUCCCUUUGCGCCGCAGUCUCGAAGACUCUGCUACGCCGCCCUCUUCGAUUGAAGGGCAGAGUAUUCUCAAAGCAGAACCUGCCACUGAGACUCACUCCACAUCAUAUCCUGUCCCCUCACAGGAAUCGGAUAUAGAGCUCAAAGAAGAGAUACGUCGUCUGCGGAGUCGGUGCGCAGAAGCCGAAGAGGCUUUGCGUGCGGUUCGAGAUGAUAGUCGCAAUAUGGAAGGUAUUGUUCAGGCUUUAGGAUUAGCAGGCAAGUCGAUCAUGGAACGAGCUGAUCGGACCUUAGGAAAUGUGCCCAGGAUCGAUGAGGCUUGAGGAGCUGUAAUUGUCGUUGGACGGACUUGUACAAGAGCUCUAGUACCGCAUUAGGGGCCAUUGCAGGCGUUUGGCUGUUGGUUAGGAGUAUAUAAGUAAGACUUGUUUUGAAGAAAUCGUUGUUGGAAUAAUCCCAUGGAUAUGUAUAUUUGAAGAGUUACCAUGAGGAAGAUUUCAAAAUCCAGCCUCCAAAAGAGCUUCUUCUGUAGAAAAGCAUUACCUUCCUCGUCGUACUUCCAGAUCAACAAUGUGCUAGCUCGU